AGAUCUGCCUGAGAUAGAGUUUUUGUUCGAAACAUGGUUUAAAAUUAAACACAUUUAUAAAUGGUCUUCGGUUUAUUGCGACUUUCCGAUGAGUGCUUUUUAUAUUUUUAAAAGACGCGAUUAUUUUUAAAUUGAUACUAUAGCAAGACUUACUGUCUUUUUACGGUGAAUUUAAAUAUGGCACCUAAACAGGGUAAGAAGACAUUGUGGUUGGAAUGCGAACAUUGUGGUUGUAGUGUAUCCACGAACGAUAAGAACAUACACAUAGAAUUAAAAUGUGCAAAGGAUCAAAUAAAAUGUCCGUAUAUGGAGGACGGCAAAUUAUAUACGUGGUUGCAGCGUGGCAGCGCUCCACCCGAUGGCGCCCCGCGAGAUUCGGUGCUGAUGCAUCCUUCAACUGCAUCUUUGCUCGGCGCAGUCAUCGGAGCGCCUAUAGAACUGACUAGGGCCGGGGCUCCUAAGCUUGUCAAACGUGUAUGGCCGGCUAGGUCAUCUGCUCCUGCAGCUGUAAUUCUUCCUGCUGCUGAUUUGACCGGAGCUUGGUGCGCAGGUGGGGGUCACGUUACAGUUUCUUUGCUCACUCGACAGCUAAAAGCAGCCUUUCAUGUUUAUUUUAAAAUCAAAGAUAACAAGAUAGACACAGAAAUUGGGGAUGUUCUUAAGGAGCACUUUAACAACAUUUUACUUUCAUUUGGCAGUGUGCUUGUCUACUAUUACUUUGGUAAGAAACUAGAAAUUGUGGUGACAAGAAUUAAUUCAGAGGAAGAUAAGAAUAGCACUAAAGCAUGGUAUGUUCUUAGUGAAAAUACCGUUUGGGAGCAAGAGAAGACUGCUGAAAAAAACAAAAGGAAACCGGUCACAUUGGGUGGUAUAGAUGAUAUUCUUGAGGAAAUCAAAACAUUAAUCAAGAUAUCAUUUAAUAUUGAAAGUUCAUUUGCCAACUUUCAACCAACACGAGGUCUGUUACUUUAUGGCCAUUCAGGUAUAGGUAAGACUGCCAUUUGCAAAUAUCUUAUUGAAAAUUUACAUUGUUUUCACAUAGAGUUGAAUGGGCCAACAAUUUUCAGCAAGUAUUUCGGAGAAACUGAGGCUACUAUGAAGAAUCUUUUUUCCAAAGCCAUUGCUAAUGAACCGUCUAUAAUUCUAGUCGAUGAGAUUGAAACAAUAUGCCCUAGACGUUCAUCAGCCAGCACGGAGCAGGAAAGAAGAGUAACAUCAGCAUUUGUUUCACUAUUAGACAACUUACAUUCGGAAGGCAAUAGAGUGUUUGUUCUCGCAACAACCAGGAAACCGGAAGCCAUAGAUCCAAUGUUAAGAAGAUUCGGGAGACUGGAUAAAGAAAUUGAAGUGCCCAUUCCUGACAGAAUUAGACGAAAGGAGAUUUUGUAUACUUUGUUACAAAGUCUACCCAGCAAGAUUUUGUCACAGGAUAUUGACUCAAUCGCUGAUUUAGCUCACGGCUAUGUCGCCGCUGAUAUUGUUAACCUUUGUACACAAGCUUCUUUGAGGUGUAUAAAAGAUAACAGCGACUUCAUACUCAAGGAACAUUUGUUAAUGGCAUUGACGGUUGUUAGGCCUAGCGCUAUGAGAGAACUUUUAAUAGAAGUUCCUAACGUGCGAUGGUCCGAUAUAGGAGGACAGGAUAAUUUGAAACUGAAAUUGAGGCAAGCAGUGGAGUGGCCUCUGAAGCAUUCAGAGAGUUUCAGGAGGCUGGGCAUUCGGCCACCAAGUGGAGUGCUGCUGUAUGGUCCACCCGGCUGCUCAAAGACCAUGAUCGCAAAGGCCUUGGCGACAGAAAGUGGACUCAAUUUCUUAUCAAUCAAAGGACCCGAGUUAUUUUCCAAAUGGGUUGGUGAAUCAGAAAAGGCGGUCAGGGAUUUGUUCAGAAAAGCACGUCAGGUGGCUCCUUCUAUUAUUUUCUUUGAUGAAAUGGAUGCUUUAGGCGGAGAACGGGGCGCGGGCGAAGCCGGAGUGCACGAGCGAGUGCUGGCGCAACUGCUGACAGAGCUGGACGGUGUGGUGCCACUGAACGCUGUUACAAUACUAGCUGCUACCAACCGCCCGGACAGAAUGGACCGAGCGUUGCUUAGACCAGGGCGACUGGAUCGUCUGAUAUACGUGCCGCUACCAGACAUUGAGACGAGACUGCAGAUAUUAGAGUUAAAAUUGUCAAAAAUGAGUGUUAGUGAUGAUGUGAAUCCGCACAGCCUUGCUGCCAAAACGGAAGGAUUCUCAGGUGCGGAGUUAGAUGCGCUGUGCCACGAAGCAGCUCUUAACGCACUGGAGAAGGACAUAGAUUGUCAGGAGGUCAAGAUGGAACAUUUUGAACAUGUACUGAUAGAUUUUAAACCCCGCACACCCCAGUCUUUGUUGAAGGUGUAUGAAGAAUUUGCUUUGGGGCAAAGAUCUGUAUAAGUAACUGAUAAUAUUAGUAAUUUUAUAUCGGUGUCUGUAAUAAAUGUUCGUGCUUCGUUUUUUAUAGCUUCAAAAUUUAUUUAUUAAGUCAUUGGCGUGUAUACUAAUAUGAUAAUUUUAUGAGUCAAUGUAGAAUAAAAACAUUUAGUAUUUAUAUCAUUUAUUACAUAAUAUUUAAGCUUACAAAAUAUGUUUACUACUAUUGGUGUAUAAAUUAAAUAAAAAUCUAAUUCAAAAUAAAAAUAAUCACAUACUACCCACACAACUAUAACUUGUACAAUUGCUUAACAUUAUAAUUUUGUCUGAGCAAUACAUCGGAGGAUAUACUCCGAUAUUGACAAUGUUGCAAGUAUGCAGAUGAUUGUGAGUUGUCUAUGGAUUUCAUGAAAUAUAACAUAUAUUGUGUUCUCAACUCUUACUGUCCCAUAAAAGGACUUUGAGCAAAGUCCAAGUUAGAGGUGACUUGCCCUUAGAUAUAAGAUGUUCUCGGCGUAAAGUUUCAGUCAUAGUUUCUAUAAUUACCAAAGCCUAAGUCGUCAAACGAGACAUAUGUAGGUUAACAAUAUAACGUACUAGUGUAUGUUACGUGUGAUUUUAAAUAUUGCUUUAUUUAAAAAAAAAAACGAAGUUUUAUUUUUGAAUUUAAUUUUUUUUUCCAAUUGAUG